AUGAGCAUGAUUUUCAACACUCUGCGGAGGAUGGAAUCGAAGAUCGAUCACCUUUCAGUCCCGAAUAGCCCCGGCCCAAUAUCUCCCACAAAUCAUAGACACGAGGUCAACCAUGCUUCCACAACGAGCCCUUAUCAUAUUGACUCUGUACUCUCUAAUGCACCAAUAACGUCUCCUCUCACUCAGGCAAGCAGACCCCUAGGUCAACCAGCGGCAGCCGGAAGCGUUCUAUCGUUCAGUGCCCACCGCACUAUCCACUGGCCAGGUGUGCACUCUUCUCUACCCCCCAGCGUUUCUACGGCAAUUCGAGAUAUGAAGACAACCUUUAACACUCAUCUGGAAUGCAAUCGCCCGCUCCUGGAACCCACGAUACAAGCAGCGGCAACAGUGCCCACAGGGGAAUGGCUGUCCACCCUGAGCCUGUCUUGCGUCAAGGUUCUUUCUAAUGCCUAUUUCGAUACAUUCAACCGUGUAUAUCCGUUCAUCGAUCGGGACUUCUACUUCCUGAACACUCUUGCUGUGGUUGUCCGUGAGGGGUUUGGAUUUGACAUCGAGUCCUGUCUUGUCCUGAACGUUAUGGCCCUGGGUUGCAUGGGAUUGAAAGCAUUCGAGGAAGGCGGUUUCGAUACCUCGGAGCACUCAGACACGACACCUCUCGUCCGACAGAUCAUGCAGGAAGACUACCCGGGACUAAGCUUCUUCAACGAAGCUCGUAAACGCGUAGGGUUUUGCCUAUGCGAAAGGGACAUUCAGAGUUGUCAAUUCCACCUGUCUUCGGCCGUCUUCUUCAUGCAGAUCAUGCGCCCAGUGGAUGAGUGGAUGAUGACCGGUCGGGCAUUCGCUAUCUGCGCGGCAUUCUGGAAAUGUCCGCCCGAUCCUCUUGACGAAUGGGUCGCCGAUAUGCAUUCGCGACUAUUUUGGAGCGCUCUCAUGCUGGAAAGCGUCAUUGUUCAAGAAUUGGAGCUGCCGUCGAGCGGCUUUAAGGAGUGGGAGGAUGUUGUCCCCUUGCCGAAAUUCACCACGUAUCCUUAUAUCAACAAGUCAGGCGCUCGAAAUCCAGACGAUGCCUACUAUCACUACCAUUUUCUUGCACAAAUUGCUGUGAGGAUCAUUCUCAGCCGAGUUCGGGAGGAGCUUUACUUCAGCAAUCCUUCAACUGCGCUUGCCGAGGAGUUGCGGCAUCAGCUGGAGCAGUGGCGUGCUAAUAUGCCUGAAGCCUUGCGUUUCGUAGAUGACGAGCCCGAACCAGUCUUCGACAGUCCCAGUGAUGCCGUAGUUGUAGCAUUGCUCCAAGCACGCUAUCGGAUCUCAAUGUUUCACUUGGGUCGUCCGUUUCUCUACAAAGCACUAUCGAACCCCGCCGCAGCUACAGAGAAUGACUUGAAGAUGUGCUCGAGCACCUUGAAAUUCGCAAUGAAUUGGCCUUUGCUCUGGGACCGGCUCUGCGCCAUGCCAGACUUUAUGCCUCUCAAGUAUUUCUGUGCCGGACAACUAUUUGGUCAGCUGUUCAUUUUCAAUGCUUUCAAAAACUCUGAGGAUGAGCGGUUGCGACAGACCCUUCCUCCAAGCUACGAGCUGUGGUGUACCAAGAUGCUCAGGUAUAUCUCUGAUCUGGUGGGGACGAGCCCUACCAUGGCGGCAAACUUCGAGUUGCUAUCCAGACUGUACCAGCUCAAUGACGAAUGA